CCAUAACAGAAGUACGUACGGAGUAGAGCAUCGUGCAUUCGUGCAAAUAACUGCGCUGAACAAAGUGAAAAAAAAAAGCAGAAAUAUUCAUGCGUGCAGGUUUUCCUUUCUGGAACUCAUCAUGCAUGCAAGUACAGGCGGUCGCCCACGAGAUGAUGAAUUGACGAGAACUGAAUGACCCCCCGUGUCGCGGAGGUCAACCAGCCGGUGGCUGGCAGUCUGCACAGCAAUUGGAGGAUCCGCUCCCGUCCCGGACCUCCGGCUCCGCGGACUGCCCGACCACCGCGCUUCCAGGUCAGCUCCACCGCUUCAGGCACAGCCACGCCCGCGAGGCCGCGACCUUGAUCCGCCUUUGUCCACACACGUCAAAACCAAGCGGCCGCCGCGCCUGCGUGGCCCUCCAUGCACCGUCCCCGGCCGCACGGACACGGACCGCGCCAGCCCACCGUGGCGCGCCAUAAGAUUCUCCAACCGGCCCCAGUCCCUCCCGCCGCACCGUCUCGACGCUUCAAAAACCCCCGCUAAACCUCCCGAGUCCACCGUCUGCCACGCCCAAAAACACAGAGGAUUUUCACACGCGAAAGCGCCACAGCCAUGCGCCUCCUCUGCUGCUUGGUCGCUCUCCUCGCCCUCGCUCUCCAACACCAAUGCCACGGCCUACUCCUCCUGCCGCUCACCAACACGCUCAUCUCCUCGCUUCGCGGGGCCAAUGACACCACCACCACGCCCAUCCACCACCUCCUCCGCUCCUCGUCGCUCCGCUCGGCCGCGCGCCACGGCCGCCACCGCGCGCGCAGGAGCGCUCCACCGCCGCCGCCCGGUCCCGGACGACGCCACCGCCAGCUCUCGCUCCCGCUCUCCCCGGGCAGCGACUACACGCUGUCCCUGUCCGUGGGGCCGGCGUCCGCCGCGGCGCCGGUGUCGCUCUUCCUCGACACCGGCAGCGACCUCGUCUGGUUCCCCUGCGCCCCCUUCACCUGCAUGCUCUGCGAGGGCAAGCCCACGCCGUCUGGCGGCCACUCCUCGAGCGCGCCGCUGCCGCUGCCGCCGCCGCCGGACUCCCGCCGCGUCCCCUGCGCGUCGCCGCUCUGCUCCGCGGCGCACGCCUCGGCGCCGCCGUCGGACCUCUGCGCCGCGGCGGGGUGCCCGCUGGAGGACAUCGAGACGGGCUCGUGCCGCGGCGCGUCCCACGCGUGCCCGCCGCUGUACUACGCGUACGGGGACGGCAGCCUCGUGGCGCACCUGAGGCGCGGCCGCGUCGGGCUGGGCGCGUCCGUGGCCGUCGACAACUUCACCUUCGCGUGCGCGCACACGGCCCUGGGCGAGCCUGUCGGGGUGGCGGGGUUCGGCCGCGGCCCGCUCUCGCUGCCCGGCCAGCUCGCUCCGCAGCUCUCCGGCAGGUUCUCCUACUGCCUCGUGUCCCACUCCUUCCGCGCCGACCGGCUCAUCCGGCCUAGCCCCCUCAUCCUGGGCCGCAGCCCAGACGCCGCCGCCGAGACGGGCGGCUUCGUGUACACGCCGCUGCUCCACAACCCGAAGCACCCGUACUUCUACUCGGUGGCGCUGGAGGCUGUCUCGGUAGGCGCGACGAGGAUCCAGGCCCGUCCGGAGCUCGCGCGCGUGGACCGCGCCGGGAACGGCGGGAUGGUGGUGGACUCGGGGACGACCUUCACCAUGCUGCCCAACGAGACGUACGCGCGGGUGGCCGAGGCGUUCGCCCGCGCCAUGGCCGCGGCGGGGUUCGCGCGCGCGGAGCGCGCCGAGGAACAGACGGGGCUCACGCCCUGCUACCACUACGCCGCGUCGGACCGCGGCGUGCCGCCGCUGGCGCUGCACUUCCGGGGCAAUGCCACGGUGGCGCUGCCCCGGAGGAACUACUUCAUGGGGUUCAAGAGCGAGGAGGAGGCAGGCGGGGCCGGGAGGAAGGACGACGUGGGGUGCCUCAUGCUGAUGAACGGCGGGGACGUGUCCGGUGAGGACGGUGGUGAUGAUGGGCCCGCCGGCACGCUGGGCAACUUCCAGCAGCAGGGGUUCGAGGUGGUGUACGACGUCGACGCCGGCCGAGUCGGGUUCGCACGCCGCCGGUGCACUGAACUGUGGGACUCGCUGUCUCGCCGGUGAUGCUUCCACGUACUCGAUCUCCACUUGUAUUGUAUCAUCACCCAGUCACCCCCAGACGUAGCUUAGCAUGUGCUGGUUUGUGCUUGUACAGAGCCACUGCCGCCGCGUGUGUUUAGUUGUAUGUUUAUAGAUAGGCAUCUCGCUUUCUUUGUAGUUUUUGUAAUGUUGUAUCUUCUUCGGUCUAAUCAUGUCGUUCUUGUUGUAAAUGAGACGAAAUCGUUAUAGCCCAGUAUUUUCAAUUUA